UGUUUUUGCGCACGCGCAGAGAGCGUCAGACGCGUGACGCGUUCGACGGUAUUCCCGGAAGUGUGUCGCUCUCUGGCAUCGCCGCCGCUCCCUCAUCGCGCCAUUGAGAAGUCAGGGAAGCUUUCUCUAACCUAUUGACUCGCAGAACCCGCAGGUCCACGCUGUCAAUCAUGGCCGAGCAGGAGCCCACACCAGAGCAGCUAGCCGCAAUCGCAGCCGAGAACGAAGAGGGCGAGGCUGUUAACUACAAGCCGCCGGCCCAGAAGAGCCUUCAAGAAAUCCAGGAACUCGACAAAGAUGACGAAAGCCUCCGCAAGUACAAGGAGGCGCUGCUGGGCACCUGCAAUGUUGUUGCAACGGAUCCCAACGUUCCCAACGUUCAGGUGACACGGCUAACUCUUAUGUGCGAGACAGCUCCCGCCCCGCUGACCCUUGACCUGCAAGGUGAUCUGGAGAGCUUUAAGAAGCAGUCGUUUGUGCUGAAGGAAGGAGUGGAGUACAGGAUAAAGAUCAGCUUCAAGGUAAACAAAGAGAUCGUCUCGGGGUUGAAGUACGUACAGCAGACCUUUAGGAAAGGGGUGAAGAUUGACAAGUCUGACUACAUGGUGGGCAGCUAUGGGCCUCGGCCGAAUGAAUACGAGUUCCUGACGCCCUUAGAGGAGGCACCCAAAGGCAUGCUGGCCCGCGGCACUUACAACAUUAAAUCCAAGUUCACCGAUGACGACAAGCACGACCACCUGUCCUGGGAAUGGAACCUCAACAUCAAGAAGGACUGGAAAGAUUGAGCUGUUUCCAAACCCCCAUUUCCUUCUUGUCAUUCUCCUAUUUCUUCCCUCCCUCCUCCAUCUUCCCUCCUUUUUCUUCCUCUCCAACCUCAUCCAGUUACCUCCAUCGACAGCAUCAUCAUCAUCAACAUCAACAUCAUAAUUCUGGAUUAACUGCUUAACCGAUUUAAAGGAAAAGGAUCGUUCUCACUCCGUCCACUUUCCUACAGUUUUCUUCCAUCCCUCCUUCCCUCCCUCCCUCCAUAUUCCUAUAUCUUUCCCUCCCAAUGAGUAUUGAGGCUUUUCAUGAAAUAUAUAUGUGAAAACAAACAAAAACGUGCACAAUCCAUAUUUUGUGUUUUGGUUUGUUUGUAUAUAAAAGUAAAAACAGAGGAAAAAAAAUAUUCAAAAAACCUCAUGGAUACUUUUGACAUGGCUGUUAUUAGUAAUCUUCACUGCCCCCGUCUUCCUCUCGUGUCCUGGACCCUUCCCACGUUUAUCCCGCGUCAUUCCUUUCUCUGACAUUCCUUGUUUUCUUUUUAACCAUGAUCUGCCUUUAUGAGUGAUAUGGGAGAAGGUGCCACUUGCUGAUAUUUUGCCACUGGCAUUCCCUCACAACUCAAAAGUUUGCCUUUGCCUAGAGGGAACGUGUCAAUGCCUUUGAGAUGAGCCUAGGGUUAGCAUAGCAUGGGUAACUGUAGAAAUGUUAGCGAUAUGGCGGAACAGGUCUUUACUCGGCUCUCGGUAUGAAUGGGUGUUUCCAAAUAUGGUUUUAGCUAUGUAGGGUUUGCAGGAUCUGAACAUCCUGUCCACUAGGGGAUCUGUACUAAGAAACAGCCUUGCCCUGCGUAGGGUUUUUGUUUAACCAUUUCAUCGCCAUGUGGCCUUAAAAAACAAUUCCUGUAGCAAGACAUUGAGGAGCUGCCUUGUAGCGUCUAGGUUUGAAACCCAAUCAGAUCUUUGUCCUUAAGGAGGCUGUAGUGCAUUACUUGACUCUUGCUCCCUCAAGGGACUGGCGGUGACACCUGCUGCCUCAUUUAAUUGGCUCGAUUUGGGAUGGACCAAACUUGAAGGCCGGUAGUGAAGUUAGUGAACCUUGAUGCAGAGCGAACGUUUUCCCCACUCCAGUUAUCACAAACCUCCGCUUUCCAAAGACAACUGGUGCUUCAUUUGCAGAAUGUGCCCUUUGCUUGUGGUUUACGAGAGAGUUGCCAGUUAGGACCUUUUUAAAAUGCAGAAAAAGGGCUGGUUUCACUAACAGAUCUCAAGUAUUGAACAACUCGACUAAAAAAAUGACCAACACCAUAGACUGUGCCUCCAGUAUUGACAACUACGAGCUGCUCUCGGUGUGUAAGCCUAACGGAAAGAAAGUCAAGACUCUAAAGGAGGUGCAUUUGUAGUGGGACGAAUCUGGAGUGAACCUAAAUCUAAACUCUCAGCUCCAGUCCAGGUGUAUUCUAACCUCAGUGUUCAAACAAGAGAGGAUGUGCUCACGCAUAAUUGUACUGUUUUAUACACGCUUGUUUCUUUUUUUCCUUUGGCGACAUGGCCUGCAAAGUAGUAGCUUGUUGUGCUGGUCCAGAAUGCUGCUUCUGUCUUCAUCUGUUUGUACUUAUCUCUAUACUAGCUGGAGAUUACUGUUCACCUGUGUCAACAUUAAAGUGUUCAGAACAGACA